AUGAACAAUGUCGACGAUACUUCUAACUCGCUAAAGACGUCCCCCCUUUCUUCAGAGGACCACCCCAGUUUGCUGGCAGUCAUCAUCGAAACUAACCCCCAAGCUUGGGCCCAAAUUCAGGACCAAAUUACAUUCAAAGAAGCAAUCCAAGCUUUGUUAGUUUUUAUCAAUGGCCAUAUUGCUGUAAAUAAUCAAAAUCAAGUUUGCGUUAUUGCUUCCCAUCCAGAUUCUGCACAGUUUCUUUACCCAAUCAACAAGAUAGACCCUCGUGCUGGAACUACAAUAACUACUACAGUCUCUGAACAUCUCUCGACAUCAACUUAUUCUAUUGCACAUGCUCAAUCAAUGUACAAACAGUUCCGUGAUGUUGAUGAGGCUGUCAAUAAACAACUUAAAAAACUCUUUGAAUUAAAUAACAAUACUUGUCAUGACUCUAACACAAAUGAUAAAAGUUCAGCACUUUCUGGAGCAUUUUCUUUGGCUCUCACUUAUAUGAAUAAAGUCUGUGCAAUAUCCCAGGAAUCUCGAAUGCGCUCACGGAUUCUUGUGCUUUCUGUCGCAAGUGAUCUUGACGCUCAAUACAUCCCCAUUAUGAACUCCAUCUUUGCGGCACAGUCACAUCGCAUCCCCAUUGAUGUAUGCAAACUCUCUGGAUCACCUUCUUUUUUCCAACAAGCUUGUGAUUCCACAAACGGAGUAUACAUGAAAAUCAAGCACCCUCAUGGUCUUGUCCAAUACCUUCUCAGUGCAUAUGCCAUUGAUCCAGAACUACGACCUCACAUUAACCUAAGUACCCAAAGAGACGUUGAUUUCCGUGCAACUUGUUUUAUCACCAAACGUGUUGUUGACAUUGGCUUUGUGUGUUCUGUUUGUCUGUGUAUCAUGAGUAUCAUUCUUCCCACCAAUGAAUGUCCAAUGUGCGGUACCCACUUCCAAAAGGAUGCCAUCAAAAAGCUCACAGUUAGUCCAGUUGUUCAGCCCCCUAAAAAGAAGAAGAAGAAGAAGAAGGUUGAAGGCCAGUAG